AUGACGUGUGUGGGGAUAAGGUGGAAGAAAGGAUUCCAGAGGUGGGCGGCAUAUGGUUUCCUGUGGAUAAGCGUUGUCCUCGUCCUCACUGUUGCCACUCGGGCCGGCCCAAUCUCAGGGGAAGGAGGACAGGAAAAGCCAGGCGCAGCUCUUGCGACGAGGGCAGCAUUACUCUCCGACCUUGCGUUAACGGCAAACCCUACCGACAGACGAUCAGAUGGAAAUCGGGACGGCGGCUCCCGCGCUUCGGGCGUGACAGAUUCACCUGAGUUUAUGUGGAAUCGCAAGCUAGAGUUAGACCCUGAUGAAGCCCCCAAUCCGACAGCAGUUGCUUCAGAAGUUCUCUCUCUUCGUCAAGCAAACACAAGCAGCAGACGUGUCGUGCUGAGUUACUCUCUCAAGGGCUGUCCACCAGAGAAACUUGAAGUGGGCCGAGAUGCAGACCAUCCGACGGCAAUUCAUGGACAAGAAGCUAGCAGCCGUACGAUGCAUCUGUUAAGAGAUCGAGUUUCUUGGCUCCUUCAUGCUAAAAAAAUGGUAAAAGAAGUUGAAUCUGUGAGUCCAAAGCGUGACGAAAUCUUGGGAUACGGACAAGAUUUCCAUGUAAGUUUAAGGGUGACUGUCGAGAUGGAAAGUCGAUAUUUGUCAGCUUUGCAAAUGGAGAUCAUCAAGACGCUGCCUGAGGGGGUCUCGGAUGAUGAAGUCAUACAAAUUGCUCGAGAUCUUCCUUGUGUUGAGAAGGCAUACCACGACUCCUUGAAGUUCUCUGAGCAAUACCUAAGACAUCCUGUUUCGGAUGAAGAUGAGGAUGGCAUGAACAUGGGAACGAAGCGCCUUCUUCAGCGGCAGAGUCCGGGGCAAUCCGCCACACACUCUCUCGAUUCCCUGGGGGCACGCGUUACGAAAGCUUUUGAAACAGAGGACAUUUUAUCACACGCCGAUGCUGACGUCCAAGUUCCUCCCAAUGACCCAAGUUUCCGCCUCCAGUGGAACCUGCAGGAUAAGGCAGAGUUUGGUUUGCACACCGAAAAAGCGUGGCAGCUCUGGACGGGCCAGAAGCGCCCGAUGGUGAUUGCUGUCAUCGAUAGCGGCUGUGAAAUAGACCAUCCAGACCUCAAGGCGAAAAAGUGGCACAACCCUGGAGAAAUCUGCAACGACGGUAUCGAUAACGACGCAAACGGAUUCAUUGAUGACUGCCAUGGGUGGGAUUUCGCGACAGAUCGUCCAGACGUCCGCUCGGACACGACUGGACACGGGACGGGAGCUGCAGGUGUUCUUGGCGCGGUGCCGAACAAUUUGAUAGGCCUGGCUGGGGUUUGCUGGGGCUGUGAAAUCAUGUGUCUGAAAUUCAUUGGCGGCGGACAAGGAACAGUUAGCAACCAAGUCCAAGCCAUUGAUUACGCUGUUAGAAUGGGAGCGUGGAUUAGUAACAACUCUUAUGGUGGAUACGGGUAUUCGAAUCUUGAAUUCGACGCCAUCAGGCGAGCUCAGGUUGCUGGGCAUCUCUUCGUCACUUCUGCAGGCAAUCACAACCUGAACACCGAUCUGCCACAGAACGACCAUACCCCUUCGAGUUAUGACCUCUCUAACAUCUUGAGUGUUGGAGCGUCGACGCACAUCGGUAGAAAAGCAGCCUUCUCUAACUACGGACUCACGACUGUUCACGUGUUCGCUCCUGGGGCAGAUAUUCACACGACCGAAGGUGCAGCAGGGUACUCUAAAGUAAGCGGAACUUCGUUCGCGUGCCCGCAUGCCGCGGGUCUGGCCGGGUUGAUUUGGUCUGCGUUUCCCAACUUGACGUACCUUCAAGUGAAACGCGCUUUGAUUGAGGGAUGCAGGCCAAGUUCGCAUCUCUGGUCACUAGCUGCAUGCGGAGGGACAAUCGACGCCCACAAGUCUCUGUACAUUGCCGCGAAACUGUCGAGUGGGCCAAUGCCCGAAGGGAAUCCGUCGCGUACUCGAGAUAAUGAAAAACCCGACGUGGAUGAAGCAGGCCCGGCAGCCCGUCUCUCAGGGCUGUGGGACGUUUCCUCCCGAGGAGAGAACACCCACUUCAUUUCCCUCGUUUGGUGGUGA